AUCAGCCGGAGAGGAAGGAGGAUGAGGAAGUGGCUGGAGCAGGACUGCACUUUGAGAUGUAGCGACCCACACACCAAUGCACCAGCAGCUGUCAGGAGAUUACUAGCUAGGCAGCUAGAUAAUAGUAAUAUUUGACAAUGCGAUGGGUAACUGCUGGGCAUACUGUGUCGGGCUCUUCAGGAGAGAAGCCAACAGGAUCCAGAGAGGAGGCGGGUCAAAAUACUUCAGAAGCAGUACCACAGGGGAACAUUAUACAAUAGAGUUUGAAAAUCUGGUAGAGAGUGAUGAGGCUGAGAGCCCACAGCCCUGCCCGAGGCCCAUCAGUGAAGAUGAGAUCAAACACCUCACAGAGCACCACUACACUGCGAUCUCAGACAAGCAGAUCCUGAUAGACCAGAAGCUACAAGUGGAGUUAGAGGAACAAGAGGAGAAGUUGAGGCUAGAAGAGGAGGCUAGAAAUGCCGCCCAGCGCGAGGCCGCCAGGUUGGCACGUGAACGAAAAAUGAAGGAGCAGCUGUCUGCCCAGAGGACACGGGGGAAAGCAGAUGGCUCCGGCGGUGAAACUCAGCAAAGAAAACAAGCCUCUGGAGAGGAUUUUGACGUCUACCUCCAAAAUGUAAAAGCCCAGUCAGAAGCUUUCAGGGGCAACAGACUGCCAUCUGACACCAACGUGUUGACUCCCAACACAGAGUGCAGCUGGGACUUCACCACCAAGACCCGCUCCACCAAUGAUGACGGGACCUCACUGGAUCUAGAGUGGGAAGAUGAGGAAGGAAUCAAUCGUGCACUUCCAGCCUGGGAGAGGUCUCGGACGGAGGAGGACAUCCUGCGUGCAGCCCUGAGGCCCGGGAGCAAGCAGAUGAACAGCGGGCCGACCUCGGCCUCCGAGGACUCCAAUGCACUGGAGUGGGAGAAUGAUUUUGUGAGUACCCUUCCAGAGGACAGCGCAGAUGCUGAGUUUGAAGGAUUUGUCAAUCCUGUCCUAGACACUCCCUCUGAGGACGCCUCGGACCGCGGCCUCAGGUUGGACAACCAGGACAGAUAGUGUCCGGCACCAAAGGAGACAUUUAUUGUGUCCUCUUCAUGUCAGAGCUCACCAGCUUUUUGUCUCAUGAAAUGGAAAACUUCUGAACACCCGCUUCAUAUUUGUAAUAUGAGACUCUAAUGCUGCGGGAAUAUGUUGUGUAUCUCUACACUACAGAACAGAACAGCGUAGUGGUGUUUUUAUCAAAUUCUCAUUAUUUCAGUGCCUUCAUUUGCCGACCAUUUCUGCAUUGUAACGCAAACUGAUCACUUAGCAUCCAUUAGCAUUUGACACAGGGGAUACAUACAGAAAAUGCCAAGUUACUCUGAAGUGAAGCUUUAUUGCGAGAGCAGAUGGCUGCUUCAGGAGCAGUGUGUUUGGGAGAGGGGGGUCAUGGAGUUUAACUUAUUAUGUUGUACUUUUUAAAUCUCAGCAUGGAAAUUUGUCCUUUGCAUUUGACCUUAACUAUAAAUUUAUCAGCAGCAAACAGUCACUGUGCAGUGUCCGGGGACCAACUGCAGUUCUGAGGCCAGUGUCUUGGUCAGUGGUAAUGCCAAGAGUAUUCCAGCAUGUGUUCUGAUGCGUGAGAAAACCCACACACACACACACAGAAAAACAUCAACAAACUACAGAACAAGUCCUCACUCAGCUCUCAGUCUAUCGCCUUAGUUUCAGCUCUGCACUUCAGUUUUACAAAGCUGUUGCAUGAUGGCAAAAAAGAAACUGAAUUCCAUACAGAGGUUUCUGAUUUUAAAAAAAAAAAGGUAAAAUAUUAGACUAAAUCAUUCAGAUUAAUCUGUAAUAAUCCAUAAACACGGGAUUGUUUCCUGUCUCCAGUUGCUCGAGGAGGUGAUGAGCUAUUAUUACCAUCUGACACAUGGAUUGAUGGCACAAACUAAUUUCAAUCCUACUUCUGUAUGAUUUUGCUCACUGUCUGAUUGACAGUGAUCACCUGGGUGUGCAGCAUGUCAUCAAAGCAGCAGCGCCCUCUAAUAAGGCAUGGAUUUUGUGAUUCACUGGCAGUGCCUGCACUCUGAUGAGAAAGCAGUAAUCAGUGCAGUGACCCUGCUUCAGUCAAGCCUAAGAGUAAUAUUGCCAAUACAGGAACUAUCAAAUGCAAAUCUGCGUAACUGUAAUGAGCAUUUUCUUAUAUUUUAAUAGAUCAACAACUAGGCGACAUUCAUUUGCUUUCAAAAAGGCUUUCAUAUCUGAUUAAAUGCUUGGGGCUAAGUGCCUGUUUCCACACGGUGUUUUUUUCUCUCUUGCCAGUGUCUGUUUUUUCAGUUGUUCCCAACAAGGAGAGUGUAUGCGGCUGCCUGCACUUAGGCUUUUUUUUGUGUGGCCGUGCGCUUCUGAUUCAAAAUCUCUUGUGUACCUUUAUGGUAAAUCCCAAGCUGUCAUCCACAAACUACCGCAACAAAGACAGAAAAGCCCAUUUGUAGACGGCCCGACACUGAAUGUUGCUGGAGAGUGUUGUGCUUUUAUUUCGAUAAGCUUGUCUUAAACUGUGUAGUCAACCCUCUGUUAACAUAGCAUCACGUUAGCGACCUAGCUAACAUUAAUGUCAAGAUAUUGUUGUCAUAGAAACAAAAUUCAUGUGUAGUGCGUCAUUUAAAAAUGUGUUGGGAUGAAGCGCUCCCCAGCGCCCUGCCACUGCUUUUCUGCCGAAGAAAAAUGCAAUGUGGACACAGGCCCAACUGUCCAUAAAAAUGCAUGCAAACACUUUCACUCUCCAUUUGUAGUAAUAUGUUCAGUAGUUUUAUGCCUGUAAAUACACACAUUUGACAGUAGGGAUGGGACGAUCUACAAUUUCAUCGUGAAUAUCGUAUCCAGCAGCGCCCAAAGAGACUGCUGGGCAACCAACAAUAAAAGAGACAAACUGCACACACACACCAAACUCAAAACACAAAAAAAAUCAUAUCAAUCAUUGGCAUAUUUCAUAUCAAAAGAUAUAAUGCAAUUUCAAAUAGUUGAAAAGCCUGGCUAUUUACGAUUGUUUGUUGUUCACUUAAAAAUAUCUCUGUCCUAUCUGUCCAAUGAUGAUGCAAUAAUAAUUAUUUCUUAACAAAAUACAAGUUGAUGUGCUUCCAGUAUGUUGAGGUGCCAUUUAAAAAGCAUAUUCUCAUGAUUAGCAGGAUAAUAUCGUAAAUUGCGGUUAUUUUGGCCAGGAUAACAGUGACAUUAAAAUUUUCAUUUUCUCAUGCCCAUCUGACAACAAGACACCUUUUAUAAAACGACACAGUCAAGCACAUAUGAUGACUCCUCAUAAUAGGCCCUGUUGUCCAUCGCAGGCAGCUGCGUUUCAAACUGCCAUUUUUCUUCUUUCUUUGACACUUUGAUUUUAUUAGACAGUCUUUUUUACAUCAUAGACAAUAGCACAGAACAGUAACAUCAUUGCCAGGCACCAUGACAUCCACAUAUGACAUGGGUUAUUAAGAACAGCUGAUCUUUAUGUAUGUAAAUAAUUAGCAUAGCCACGAUAGGCAAAGCAUACAGCAAACCACAAAGCACUUUCCUUAUUCCAACAAAUUAUUAUUUAAACUGGCCUCUUUCAUAGGUGGGCAGCUUCUCAUCAAGUUGUUCUCUGGUUCAUUGUCAUAACCAGGUUUCUGAAAACAGCCUGGAAUGCAUGGAACAAUUGGGAAAUUGAAAAAGUCCUUGCAUUUAAGAAGCUGCUGUAAGCAAUAUUUUGGCUGCUAUCCUCAACCAAAAUACAUGUUAAACGUCACAAACCCAAACAGCUGGGGCAAAGCUAAAUUAUUAAACCGUUGAUGUAAUUGCUCUAAAAUAUGGGGUAGAACAAUUGCAGAAUAUACAACAUAGGUGGAACGUAUCAGGGGAUAAUCUUCAUUAAAGGGAUAGUGCACCCAAAAAUGAAAAUUCAGCCAUUAUCUACUCACCCAUAUGCCGAUGGAGGCCGUGGUGAAGUUUUAGAGUCCUCACAUCCCUUGCGGAGAUCGGCGGGGGGAGCGGCUAGCACACCUAAUGGCAGAUGGCGCCCCAGACUUCAUUUUUGGGUUUUGGGUGCACUGUCCCUUUAAACACAAGUGCUGAUUUCUGAUUGGUUGCUGACAGUUGGUGUCCAGCAGGAGACAAUUCAGUUUAUAGUGCAAUGACUUUUUAUUUAAUCUGAUAUGAAAUCCAAACCUGUCACUCUGAACUAAAAACAUUGAUGAAUCAUAAUCUGAUUGUUUUUCACUGCUUAUAAUGAAAGCAAUAUUUUGUGGAGAUCGUGUGAGUCUGGAUGAAAAAAGGUUACCAAACAUGCAAACAUGACUCUGUGGUGUAAACUUUGUCAUGUCCCUACAUAGAUCCAGUGCUGCUCUCCCAGUGAAUCUGCUGUAUACAUUCUUCUACUUCUUGUGCUUUUUAUAUCCUGAUGUUUUGACCCAUCACAUAGUGGGGAGAGUGUUUCACGUUGAUUACUGAAUCUGUUUGAAUCAAAAGUAGUUCACUGAUUGCACUCUAGUGUGUGGAUUUUUAAUUUGGUGUUCACAGCUUAGAAGACAUUCACUGAAAUGACUUACACGCGUGAAAGGGAAAUUGAUGUGAGAAAUGUGCACUGCUGUUGAAGUGUGUAGACGAGACACGAGGUGAUUUGCAGACAUUUUUACUUUUUAAUAUUUGAGUGUGUGAUUUCAAAAAAAAUUUGUUUUGAACACAUUUCAAUAUUAUUUUUUGCUGUGAUUAUAUGAUCUCUGAUUAAUCACUGUAACUCCCUGUAUAAAACUGUAACUUAACAUUCCUUGUUACACUGAGCCUGAGAGAAAAAAAUAAAAUACAGAGAAAAGUUUCAGGCAUCACA